AUGCUCCUCCAGCUGGCCUACGUCGGCACUCUCCAUGGUACCUGCACUGUGUCUCAUCGAGAAAGGAUACAGCGACGACGACCCAGGGUGAGAACUUCUCCCCACGCUACCUGCGCAACAAUCCCUGCACUCGUCGUCCCUACCGUCGACAUGAUGGUUGGCAAAUCAGAGUUUGCAUUCCAGACACUGACCGACAUUUCGAGUAUUUGUGACUUUAUCGACCAAGCAAGGACGCCGUUGACGACAAGCACCUCCAACUCCAACUCGAGGAAGCAUGCUCCCACACUGUCACCAAUAUCCUACGCUGACAAGGCACUGUCAGAGGGCCUAAUUCGCCUCGUUCGCCAGUCUUUGGUCGACCCCAACUUUCUAGACCUGUCCUGUCGAAACCUCGCAGAACUAAAGGUCAAAUGGGCCGGCCCACAGGGCUCAAUGCUCGAAACCCGAAAACUGGCGUUCAAACACUACUCGCAGGAGAUGGCAGACGACAUGUCCAGCCCCCAGAAUGGCAAAUCAUCCACUUGGGACCGCCAGGUCGUCCUGUUUCUCGAGGACAAGGCAGCGUCAAACAACGCCCUCCUCGACAUUUACACCGGAGACUCGGGGGAAGACCAACGGAGAGACUUUUAUCACGCAAGCAGGGCCGCUUGGACAGUCCACCUCCCGUCAACACUGUCCAAACUCGAGGCCUUGAUGGCUGGGCCGUAUGCCUUGGGCGACGAUUUGAGCAUCGCCGACUGCCACAUCAUCGCAUGGCUGGCUCGCAUCGUCUCCCUUUGCGGAGGGGGCCCUGUACCUCUGGGCAUCAAUGCUCUCGAACCACAUUUGGGAGGAUACCAGCUUGGAAGCAAACUCACGCUGUAUUGGGGCCACUGGGUCCAACGAACGAGUUUUCGCAAACUUUCCACCACGUUCAGUCCGCACGACAGGGCGAGACCUCUGGCACCCUUGGACGGUCUGGCGCGCGACAACAGGACCAACACACGCGGUAAUGUACAUGCCGAUGAUAGGCCGAUCGCCCCCGCACCUCCCCUUGGUUAA